UCUAUGAAAAAAAGAACAGAACGUGGGUUAUUGACGCAGUGAAGAGAGAGCGUAAUGGACUAUAGCUUGGCAGCGUUGAAACUUUUGUGCUCGCAGCUGAAGCAAGCUGGAGAAGUAGCCUCUCAAAACAGCUACACGCUCGGCGGCCUCCUCUUCCAGCGAGCGUGGUUGCAGGGCGUUCUUGUCUCCGUCUCCGACACCGGCUCUCUGCUUCUCGAUGACGGCACCGGCCUCAUCGAGCUCUCCCUCACUGGGGAGUUUCGCCACCGUAGCUGGCAACUCGGGAUGUAUGUAAUGGUGGUUGGAGGAUAUGUUGCACGUGCGGGAGAACUUCCUAUGAUCAAGAUUCACAAGAUUGUUGAUCUUUCAUCAUCUCCUGACCGAGAGGCUAUGUGGUAUCUUGAAGUGAUUGAGGCAUACAAAAUGUUCUAUCAGCCUCUUGUUGAAGAAUUUACAUGAUGUGAGUAUCUUAUAAACAGAGAUUGGCUAUAUUGAGGUUGGCAUCCGAUAUCGGGAAGUUCCCUUCUUUGCGAGUUAGCACACAGAAUUUUCUGAGAUUGUGUUUGUAUUAAGAUAUCUAUAUCUUUAUUCUGAGAAAUUUACCGACAAAGUGCAUUAAAAAUGACUGUUGCAAUGAUCCAAUUAGGUAUAUUUGGUGUUUUAAUUUUGAUUGUAUAUUUACGGAUUUUAGUUUAAUUUAGGGUAAUUAAUAUGCAUUACCUUGUACAUUUGGUUAUCUUUCUAGGGAUUUAAUUUUUACUUUGUUGGUCAUACAUAGACCCAAGUGGUAUCCAAAUUGAGUGAAAAUGGUAUUCCACACCCAGAUGAACACCCUAGAGCUUUUCUUUCUUC